ACAGGCUCCUGGAGCAGGGCAUCCACAGCGAUGUGGUGUUCGUCGUGCACGGAAAGCCGUUCCGAGCGCACCGCUGCGUCCUGGGUGCGCGCAGCGCCUACUUCGCCCACAUGCUGGACACCAAGUGGAAGGGCAAGAGCGCGGUGGUCCUCCGGCACCCCCUGGUGCGGCCCGGGGCCUGGCGCGGGGCUCGCCGCCCGGCCCCCACCCUGACCCCUGCCCGUGUCUGUCCGCAGAUCAACCCCGUGGCCUUUGGGGCCCUACUGCAGUACCUGUACACAGGCCGCCUGGAUGUGGGUGUGGAGCACGUUGGUGACUGUGAGCGCCUGGCUAAGCAGUGCCAGCUGUGGGACCUGCUGGACGACCUGGAGGCCAAGUGUGAGAAGGUGUCUGAGUUCGUGGCUUCUAAGCCGGGCACGUGUGUCAAAGUGCUGACCAUUGAGCCCCCUCCCACCCACCCCCGGCUCCGAGAGGACAUGGCGUUGCUGGCCAACUGUGCUCUGCCUCCGGAGCUGCGACAGGGCGACCUGGGUGAGCUGCCCUUCCCGUGCCCGGACAACUUCAACAGCUGUCCCGAUGUCUGCUUCCGCGUGGCGGACUGCAGCUUUCUCUGUCACAAGGCUUUCUUCUGUGGCCGCAGCGACUACUUCCGGGCCCUGCUGGAGGACCACUUCUGCGAGAGUGAGGAGCCAGGGGCCCCCGGGGCGCCCACAACCGUCACCCUGCAGGGCAUCUCACCCGAGGUCUUCACCCACGUGCUGUUCUACGUGUACAGUGACCACACUGAGCUGCUGCCUGAGGCAGCCUACGACGUGUUGAGAGUGGCUGACAUGUACCUGCUGCCGGGCCUGAAGCGGCUGUGUGGCCGCAGCCUGGCCCAGACCCUGGACGAGGACAACGUGGUGAGCGUGUGGCGCAUGGCCAAGCUCUUCCGCCUGGCGCGGCUCGAGGACCAGUGCACUGAGUACAUGGCCAAAGUCAUCGAGAAGCUGGUGGAGCGGGAGGACUUCGAGGAGGCGGUGAGGGAGGAGGCGGCCGCCGUGGCAGCCCGGCAGGAGACCGACUCCAUCCCCCUGGUGGAUGACAUCCGCUUCCACGUGGCCAGCACGGUGCAGACCUACAGCGCCAUCGAGGAGGCCCAGCAGCGGCUGCGGGCGCUCGAGGACCUGCUGGUGUCCAUCGGCCUGGACUGCUGAGCCUCGUGGAGCCCAGAGCCCCGGCUGGGGGUGGUG